AGUAGUUGUGCAUCAGACGAUAAUUUCCGCGCCUGGAACGUAUCGAGAAUCUCGACCACCCUCGACGCCUCGUCGCACGUCAACGCAUCAAUUCGACUCGGAGAGGCUGCCACGAUAGCCGGCAUGCCGUCAGAAUGCAGGCAAUCUGGUCUAGAGCGGGCCAGGCGCACCGAUGCGGCUGCAAGGCCUGCUUUAAUGCCACCGGGGGCAUGAUACGGCAGUCGGCGACGCGCACGACGCAACGAAAACCGACCUUUAGCGAGAUCUUCACGGCGUGCUACACAUCUAUAAUGGGAACGGCAGCGAUGCUGGAUGCCGGGGCAAAAGACAGGCGGCGAAAAGAUUUGGACCGACAGAUUGAAGAGGUCUCGAGCGAGCUGGCAAAUCUCGUCGAAAAAGCAAAGGAGAAAGCUCCUCAGAAACCGCCUGCUGGGGACCUUGGCAACCGAUAUCCAGGCGCCUUACAAGAUCACGUUCCACAAAACCCCGAAAUCAGCAAGAUUCUCGACGCCCUCGGGCCCUCAUAUAGGUGGCAGCGAACUGUUGCGACAAAGGCCGACGUGGACCGGUUAUGGAAGAUAUACGAGCUGAGUCCUUCAACCGAAGUCAGAGGGGUCAACUACGAGGCCUUGGUCAAGAAGCUUGCGACAGAAGAGUGGAUGCCUAUUGAGCACCGCGCACCGCGGUCGUCGAGGCAAGUCAAGGCGGCAGCGGUGGCAACGAAAGCUUUGGUCUACAAAUUUCUCGACGCAGGCGAAUCUAUGGUUGGACGCGAAGGAAUGCAAACGGCGCGAGAGGAGGUAGACAAGCUGAUACGGAGGAAGUUCCCUAUCUGGGAUGAAGACGAACUGAGCAAUGAGGCUAUGAACACGUGGAGUCGAGAGCUGAACAAGGCGUUGAGGAGUAUUUUUGACGCUUCGACCCCCGAGAACUUCCAACAUACGAUCUACAGCGUAUGUCACAAUCUCCUCGUAUCGCCUUCAUCCCUCACCAUCCACACAUACAACCAUCUUAUUGCGGGCCUGGACAGAGCUGGGAUGCAUGGCCUUGCUUCAGCGGUAGUUCUUUCUUUCUACCAGGGCAAGCUCGAGCCCACGCAGCUUACCCUGGUGUGUAUUCUGAAUCACUACAGGACGAUAAAGGACGCAGACAACUUUGCGGGUUUCAUCGCUCGUAUGACUGGCAAAGAUCAACGAGGUGUCAAGAUCCGGAGAAAGAGGCGCGAGGAGGUGGCGGAGCAUUAUUCUCUUCACGGUUGGGCUAGAAGGAAAGAUGUCGCAGUCGGCUCCCAUUACGUCGUCGAGAGGGCGCGCUUUGAUGAGAGAGUCUUCGCCGCCAUCAUCGAAGGCAUGUUGGCUUUCGACAGACUGAGGGCUGCCGUGGGUGCAUUUGCGGCGAGCAUCACGGCAGACCUCGUAAUUAGCCCGCGGACGACGUCUGAGCUGCUCGAUUAUUGCGCCCGCUCACUGGAUCGCACAGCUGCAGCCAAGGUUUUGGAAGUACUGAAAAGCAGACCCGUGCUGAUCAAGAAAGCAUUCUUUCGAGAGAACGACAAGCUAUAUCUUGCGCGGCGCAUACGGAGCUUACUGGAUAUUUGCGGCUUGGAACACAGCUUGCCGAUCAGCGUGGCACCGUUCUUGAAAGAUCCCAUGUUCUCGAUUGUGUCAAGCGAGGAUCAAAAGCGUGUAGCUUACAUCGCACGAAUAGCCCACACCGUACACCAAACGGACUGGUUAUUGAACACAGCGCGCGACUAUAUCCAGCGCGUGAAAACGGGCAGCGCCAGUACCAUUCGCAUUGAGUCGGGCUCUCCGCAGAUGUACAGGAAGUGGAGAGCGACGAAGUUAGUUUGGCUGCCGGAGGGUCUCCCGGAAGACCAGCUCGGGACGUCUUUCUCGCAGGAGGAAAACGUCGACUGGUCUGCUUGGGAUCGCCUGGAGGAAUCAUCAGAAGCACAGCUGGCGCAGAAAAGCAUGAGUAAAAGCAAUGCUCUUUCAAAGAAUCAGGGUCAAUCGUCCGCAUGGGAUCGCCUUGAAGAGGCGGCGGGGAUGAAACCGAACAACACGAAGCACGAAAACAAAACCACCAUCGACGAGGUUUUUGAAACGAUUGAAAUUCUGUAGAUAUGUACUAUACCACACAUGUAACAUUAUGGUUAUAUGGCACGUAUAUGCCAAGGCCAAAUUGAUGGAUAGAAUAGAGGGCCAAGGCCAAACCCGG